AUGGGUAAGAACGACAAAAAAUCGGGAGAUAAAGGCGGCGCCAAGGGAAAAGGUGCUGAGGGCAAAGAAGGCGGAGGCAAGGCAAAGGGGGCGAUGUCUAUCAACGUUCGUCAUAUUCUGUGCGAAAAACAUGCCAAGAAGGAAGAAGCUCUUCUGAAGCUGAGUGAGGGUGUCAAAUUUGACGAGGUGGCACGGGCCUAUUCAGAAGACAAGGCACGACAAGGAGGUUCUCUAGGCUGGAAGACGAAGGGGAGUCUGGAUCCUACGUUUGAAGAAGUUGCCUUUUCUUUGGAACCAAGCACUACGAGCAGUCCUAAGAUUGGAGAGGCCAAGACGCCGUUUGGCUAUCACAUCAUAAUGGUCGAAGGGCGGAAAUAA